AUGACUAGAACAAACAAGUGGACCGAACGCGAGGCAAAACCUGAUCCGAAGUACUUUUCGCACACUGGUAACUAUGGCGAAUCUCCAAAUCAUAUCAAGAAACAAGGCUCCGGCAAGGGUAACUGGGGUAAGCCAGGUGACGAGAUUGAUGACUUAAUCGAUAGCGGAGAAAUACCUCCAGUGUUCAAAAAGGAUAGAAGAGGUUCAAAUUUGCAAUCACAUGAACAAAAGUUUGAAAACUCCCAAAAAGAAUGA